GCUCCCGGACGCCGUCGGCGCCGACGGCGAGCUGACCGCGCUCCUAGCACUUCGCACCUCGCAAUCAUCUUGCCAUGAACUGCGACGACCAAGGACUGCGACGACAUCGACACCUGGACCUGGCCCUGGCUCCGGACCACACCGACUGCUAGCCGCACGACCACACGGUGCGGCGUAGCGUCCUCAGCGCGUUGGACGGAAUCGCGGAAGACUUCCGGAGCGGCAGGGCGAAUUGAAGGGCACCACCCGACCGGCCUCCGAAGAAGAACUCUGUGACGACCGCUCCCCAAAAAUUGCGAUCCCUCCCCCGAUCUUCGCCCCCCCUAGUGGUCCGGUCUCGGUGGUGAAACGGUGAUCCACCCGGACGGAGUGGUCUCAGGCCGCUCGAAAGUGCGAGGACGUCGCGAAGGAGUGCGCGUAUCCGAUCGAGUGCGAGGUGGAGGUGCGGCAGAAGUGCGGAAGUGUCGGUGAACGCGGACGCGGGGUAAGCCAGGGAAGAGGGUAAGAGGGGGCGAAGCGGGCGCACGGAGGACAAAGCCAGGGAGAGGAGAAAAUCGGGGAAGGCGAUUUGGAGAGAGGAAGAAAGAGAGACCGCGCGCCAGCAGCGAUACGGUAGCAUGAGUUCGUACUUUGCGAAUUCGUACAUCCCGGACCUGCGCAAUGGCGGGGUGGAACACCCCCAUCAGCACCAGCAGCACUACGGGGCUGCCGUCCAGGUGCCCCAGCAGAGCCAGGCCGUGCAGCAGCAGCCCCAGCAGGCUUCGGACCCCUGCGACCCCGGCCUCCUCCGGCAGGGGGUGCCGGCCCACCACUAUGGCGCCGCCGAAGGGCCGCAGGCCAUGCCCUACCCCAGGUUUCCACCCUACAACCGCAUGGACAUCCGCAACGCCAACUACUAUCAGCAGCAGCAGGAACACGCCGGCAUGGACGGCAUGGCCGGCUACCGCUCGUCCUCGCCCACCUCGGGCAUGGCCCACAUGGGGCACACUCCCACCCCCAACGGGCACCCCUCGACGCCCAUCGUCUACGCGAGCUGCAAGCUCCAGGCGGCCGCCGUCGACCACCAGAGCAGCGUCCUCGACGGGCCCGACAGUCCGCCCCUCGUCGACUCGCAGAUGCACCACCAGAUGCACUCCCAGCACGCCCACAUGCAGGCCCAGCAGGCCCAACACCAGUCCCAGCCGCAGCCCCCGCCGCCCCACCAGCACAUGCAGCAGCAGCCGCAGCACAUGAUGUACCCCCAGCAGCAGCCGCAGGCCCAGGCCACCGCGCAGCCCCCGCCGGCCGCCAUGCACCCCCAGCAGCAGCCCCAGCCUCAGGCGCACCAGGGCGUCGUCGCGUCCCCCCUCGGUCAGCAGCAACAGGGCGCUCCUCAGGGCGCGGCCAGCGCCAACCUGCCCAGUCCCCUCUACCCGUGGAUGAGGAGUCAGUUCGAGAGGAAGCGGGGUCGGCAGACGUACACGCGGUACCAGACCCUGGAGCUGGAGAAGGAGUUCCACUUCAAUAGAUACCUCACCAGGCGGCGACGCAUCGAGAUCGCGCACGCCCUCUGCCUGUCGGAGCGACAGAUCAAAAUCUGGUUCCAAAACAGACGGAUGAAGUGGAAGAAGGAGAACAAGGCAAAGGGCGAGCCGGGCUCGGGCGACGGCGACACGGACAUUUCGCCGCAAACGUCGCCGCAGGGCUGAGAAUCCGAAGAAUGAGCUUCCAAAGAGGUCUCAUCUCUCAGGGUCGUACCUUGUCUCCAGCACUACCUCCUCCCCCGAUGACCUCCAAAUGACCCCCGCAGCAAUGACGCUUAUCUUGUCGUGUUAAUCAAGUUGCUCGUACCAAAAAGAAGACGAAGGACCGGGAGAGAACGCCACGGCGCCCACCGGAACCAAGAUGGCGGACGUGGAGAACGCGGCGGACGCGGCGAAGGCGCGAGAUGGCCAAAUACGUAAGAGAACGAGUAAACGAGGGAACGAGUGAGCGAGAGCGAAAGGCGGAUAUGCGCGAAAGGGACGGAGAGAAAGCGAGAGAAUGCGAGCGAGAGAGAGAAAGAGAGAAAGAGAUGAAGGCGGGGAUGCGUUACGGCGACGGGCUCGCGAAAGGACGGACGCGGAAACUCGAUCGCGCGCUAAUCGGAACCGCGUUAACCUCCGUUUAGUUUAAUCGGCGGUGUAUCGUUUACCGAAGUCCAGAGGGAAAAAUAGACGGAAGAGGGUUCGCUGGCUCGAAUUGAGAGCGACGGAGAGGACGCGAUCGGGCCGGACCGGUUGGUCCCUACUUUGGGCGCGAGCGAGACGGAGGAAUCGAGGAUGGCUUAAGAGGGAAACGAUGGGAUCGAGACGGAGAGAGAUAGGAACAUGGCCGGUGAACGAGAGCGAAGGAGAACCUGAACGAGUGGAGGAAUGAAAGGGCCCGGUGGAGAGAUUACUUAGGGAGAGUUUUAUUAUUUAUUCUCUUACGUCGUACACGUGUGGAGCGUAUGUAGCGUUUGCUAGUGUAGAUAGCGGUUACUCAUUACGUCUCUAUCGGCGGUAUAGAUUGACGGUUUAGUAAUUUAGAGAUGGUUUAGAUAGUUAGCGACUACCGCGGUGGCUCGGCGAGGCGUGGAUUGGCGGUCGACUGUGCCAAGUGUGAUCUUAAAUCGAUUCGAAGGGGGUGGAGGGUCCGCGAAAUGGGCAAGGGUGCGAGGGGAAAUUCGGGGCUCGGCGAGGGGAACGGAGAGAGAGGCGAGGAAGGGACGUGGACACGAUUUGCGAAGUGAAGCAACCCCGGGACAAAAAGGCCAAGGCACUCGCCAGGGGACGAUGGACUCGGGGGUCGAGUCGGGGGCGAAGACGCCGCCUUCGCGCUCACCCUCUUAGCACCCAGUGAUACACGGUGAUAUUUAAUAUCGAUACUGUAGGAUUUUUACUAUUGACUCGUCUCAAGAACGACACGCGUCGAGGGAGAGAAAGAGGACCGAGGCGGACGCGGAUGGCAUCCCGAAAACGGGGCCAGGAUGGGCUCCUUCGCCCUGGAGAACGGGAACCAGAGUGGCAGCUCGUGACGUCACAAGGUCAGUCUUUAACGUUAGAUUACGAGUAGUGCUUCGCGCACGAGUCUACCGACUCCAGGCUCCUCUCUCGGGUUCCUCUCGUCGAACCGAUCGGCUCGAUAUAUCGAUCUACCCUCGACUUAUCGGAAAUUCUUCGCGACUACGUCGGACCGGGCGCGCGGUUCCGCCAUUACCGUACUAUGUAACGUGUACUAAUUUCGAUAGGACUAUCUUAGUACCACAAAAUUACUAAAAAAAGUUACGCGCGCAUGUCUCCAUCCAAGACUUCAACGGGAGAUAUUUUAAGGAUCUAUAGAUUUUUCUACCCGGGGAUUACCUGGCAAUUCCAAAAAUGUUCGCCCCUUCUCGGUACAGAAGGGAAGCAAGAAACUACAAGAUUCGACGCCCCUUACGGGGUGCCGCCAUUAUUAACCGUCCAUGGGGAGAGGGGGAGAGGAAAUUUCUAUGUAAUUCCAGUCUCUUUAUCUUUUUACGUGCUCUUUUUUUUUUUACUGUUUCUCGGGCAUCGCGGGUGAUUUCCACCAGACCGAUGUCGCCGGUCCGACCGAGCAGUCCGCGGACGCGAUCGGGAAGAACCGAUUCGAUCGAGGAAUCGAUCAAUCGACCGAUCGUCGCGAGCGCGUUAUCGGGUCGCAGCGAGCCGGGAAAAUCGCGGGAAAUGGAGAGGCACGGGGGAAAACGAAAGUGAGAGAGAAAGGGGGCGAACCGGUGGCUUCGGCUCUCGGCAGCCGAAUGGCGCCGCGGCGAAUUCUGUGCUGUGUUGUAAAAUUAGUUCGACACUUAGUUUAUUGUACGCGAUUACGAUAUACGCAAUGAAAUAAUGUACCGUCGAGAGACGCAUAUUCUAUUUAAAGAUGGCGCGAGAGAGAGAAAGAGAGAAAGAGCGAAUGGGAGCGGGUGCAUGUAGCGCGAGAGGAUGAGAGACAGAAAGAGAGAGAGAGAGAGGAGAGCGAACGGAGAUGAGGAUCUAUAGGGUCGCGAAGUAUUUUGGGGUACCUCGGUGCCCCGUCCCCUCCCCACUUUGUAUAAUGACGCAUAGAACUGAUAUACGUAAAACGUGGUCCAGCUCGCGCGCGCGCGUUCAUCGAGCACGACCGGCCUUUCUUUCUCGAGAGAUUUAUUUAUGUAAUUUCGAUUUUUGAUGCGCAACGAAAUGUUAAAAAAGGAAAAUCCGAAGCCUCCGCUCGCUUCGAGACGCUCUCGAGACACGAUCGAGUCUGCCAUGUCACCCGUCGAUGACGUUUUUCGUCCUUUUCCGAUUUGAUCGCGACAUCGACAUCAUGGGAUUCGUAUACCGUGAUUGUCUCCUAAAGGUAGGGAAAUAACUGCAUGGGAUGGCGGGAGCAUUCUUGCACUUCGGGUUGGACAUUUUGGAGUGGUCUCUUUCACCGUUCGGUCGAAAACUUAGGGAAAUAUUUCCACGAAAUGGGUUGCGGAAAAGUGCAAUAGUAUUGCGAGGAGUCGGGAAAAAUAAAGGGAAAGUGCAUCUCGGUGACGUGGCCGGCCUCGAGCAUCCGACCAGUCGCAGCGAGCGGUGGCCGAGAGACACCCAAUGUACGUAAACAAUUUUCUAUAUCCCCAGGAUAUUAAAUAAUUCCUCAUACGUAGGCCGUGGACGUAGAUUCCUGGAGAAAACGAGCCCCUCGGUCGGCGCUACUGCGCGGCCCUUGGCUCCAGGGGAAGCGGCCAAUCGGCACGCCGGACUAUUGGCUAGCCACGCCCAUUUUACCCCUUCCCUGUCGGCCGCGCACUGGCACCGCAGCCGAGGGGCUCGCCUCGCGAAUACGCGUCCUCGUCCCGCUUCUAUAGAUACAACGCGGAAGAAAAAAAGAAUACACCGAGAAUGGGAAAAGGAUUCGUAGGUUUAAAAACUAAAAGUAUAAAUGCAAAUUAUAUAUUUUAUCUCUACUCGUAUAUAGCCGCGUAAAAGGUAAAUACAGAUAUACGUAAUUAAAAUUAAUUAAAGCAAAAAAAUACGCAAGUACCGUGGAUGUAUGUAAAGUAGAGGUUAACGAAAACGAAGAAAUGCGUACGUACGGAGGUGUGUCAUUAGGGUUAGAGCCUAAGGGAUAAGCUAACGUCUAAAGUCUAAAACUUAAGGAUUAGGGUUAAGAAAGAAAAAAAAAACAAACAAUACACACACACAGGCGUGUCGGUUGCAGCGGGCGGGGGCGGUGGUGGACAAAAUUUGGCGGAUCCGAAGAUCGACUAACCGAUUGCAGUGAAAAUUCCCAUUCGCAUGUAAACUCCGUAGGAGGAGGGGAGGGGGAUCACGGCGUAACUAGUGAAAGGAGGACGGCUCGUUGGGGGUUUGCGGGGGGUGUACAUAAAUUUAAUAUUUUAUCGGGGUGGCCCGCAAACGCCAACGGGACUCUUUUAGCGAGUGAAUUAUCGACGCGCGGCGAGACGUAGCUACUGGCCUGUCUUCAACGCUAUUAUUUAGUUGCGUAGUAUUUAUUAAUAACCUGUUAUAUAUUCUUACAAAGUGGACCUUUUUCCCCUUUUUGUUUUCACCGAAUGUGUAAUAAAUAUUUUUUACAACGCACCACUGCCUUGCGAUGUAUCUGUACUGCGAGCUCUCACCUCCCCCGGUAAGGACCGACGACGUUCUCUCGUUCCUCGUUUUUCUUGACUCUCUUUUUUUUUCUUCUUCUCCUCCCUCGAAUUAUUGUCACUGGACUUCCGCUCGAUCUCACGUCGUAUUUUCCUUUCAAUCGAGGAUGAUUACUUAUUAACCCGUGAAACGAGCGGCGCGAGGUCGGUGUCAAAAUUUCCCGGUCGACUUCCGGGUCGUCGGCGGCCAUUUUCGAUCCUCGGGUACUCGGAAGAAGUAGGGAAUCAAUCGAGAUAAAUCGGGGAAAUCUAAGCCACGUCCUCGCUCGCGCAUACGCCGAUGAGUUCCUGGCCCUGCUGCCGUUUCCCAGCGGGUGUCGCUAGUUGCGUAUGCCUAGAAUUAUGUACGAAAUCCGACGGACCCGGAGGAAGGUCCCAGCUUCCGGGCCAACCCCGUUUCCGUUUCCCGGCGGCCCUGAACUCCGUCUUUGGCAGAUUAUCGCGAGGUCAGGGGUGAUCGCGAGACCCGCUACAGCCGGCCUUAUAGGUACCGGUGAGAUGAGCAAAGUCCGACCUGGUCUUGCGGUCUUGGUCUUGGUUUUGCCAAUAUCGCCAGGACUUACUCUUGGCCUAGGUAGCGCACUUUUUACGAGACCAGGACCGAGAACUUAAGACCAGGGCCGAUUUUCCUCCUCACUGAUAAGUACCGCGCAAGCUAACUCGCGCAUAGGCGCACUCUGAUAGCCGGUGAGAGACCAUAGUCGAACUCGUUCCAAACUAGUCCGAAUAUAGCAGUUACGUUCGAUAGGGAAUCGCCGAGGGGAUGUGGAUGCGUGUCACUCGCGGAGAACCCUGAAUUUUGUGCAGCUACGGAAUCGACGGUUCCCCUGAUAUCCCUUUUUUUUCCCCCUUUUUUCUUAUUGUUCUUUCCCAUGUCUCCUUUUUUCAGACGGUCGUUACUUAACGGCAUUGUACUCGAUUACGUCCGAUGCGCUUUCCGCCGAGGUGGAGGCACCGAGGCCUCGCGAGGUCGACCUUAUCGCGCAGGUGAUAAGCCGAUCGAGCGGCCUCAAGGGACUCCACCUCGCUAAGAGACUGAUAUACUCAAAAAUUGCACCCGUCUCAGUGCGGGGCAAAACAGUCGCCUCGGGGCGGAACUCCUUCCCGAGUUCCAUAUCUCGUAAAAUUGAAAAAAAAAAAUAAUAAUAAAGGAAUCACUCUUAAUCAAGAUGGCGGAUCGCGACUGAUUUGCCCCAAGAAAUCGCGAUGUCGCACCGUCGAUCGAAUCGCCGUUUCUCGAUGUCCCUUUAUUUUCCUUUUGCUUCUCACUCUCCGUCUUACCUUUUUGAGAAUCCUUUCUGACGCUUCCUGUGUACAGCUCGGGUGAUACCGUUAAAGUAUGGCUAAGGUUUUAUACAGUGAUUUCGGAAAAUUGUCGUUUUGGAUACCGUAUUUUUAGAUCGAAAUCGGUCCGGAGUUUGAGGGAAUUCUUUCGAGGCGUUAUUUUCGGUCGAGCGCUCUUCGCGGGGGCUUUUGUUGCCGGUAAACCCUUUGAAGGUAUUCUCCAUUGCUGGUAGGACGGAAGGUAGGACCGGUCGAUCGAGAAACUGUAUUUCGAGGUAAGAGUUCUGUUUAUCGGCAGGGCAAUGCGAACGGCGACGUCUGACGUCGUGGUAUCGAAUCGCGAGCCGCGACCCUGUAUACGAGAUACCGUGUAGGUAAAGUAGGUACCUGUUCCCUAGAAUACAUUUCGGAGUACAGUAGCCGGAGCUCUAUGAUACUAUUUAUUACAGGGUGUCCUGUAAAUGACGAGGGGGGAUUCGUAUUAAAUUAAUCGACAGCUAGAGUAAGAGAAGACAAUAUUACGAGCGCCGCCGCGUCAUCGACCGCCUAUAAAAAAAAAAAAAAAAAGAGAGAAAUACAAG